AUGGAUGUCGCAUAUGACCACAUCCAGGAGGAGACCUUGGCCGAUGACAACCAGGCCUCCUCGUCAUCGGACAAGACGCCAGCUCAACCUCCGACGUUGAACGCCGAGUUUCAAGAUGCCUAUCGCGCGUUUUCGAACAGUCCCUGGGGUGCGAGGAUCGGGGGUUUCCUCGGCAAUGUUGUGAAGCAGGGUGAAUCCGUCUACCGCGAAGCAGAAAAGGAACUCUCAGCCGUCAGUCAAGAUGCCACGCGUGGUUUCAGCGACCUGCGCACCACCCUCAUCAGCCGCACCCGCGCUCUCUCCAUAGCCACCACUCAAGCCGCUGCCUCAGCCGCCGCCGCCGCCUCGUCUGGAGUGGCGGCGGCUUCCUCAUCCUCCUCUACCACUUCCAAAGACGAACAAACGACCCCGACAACCGCCAAGGACCUGUCCGCUGAGGCUUCGCUGAAGCAGCAGCAGGAAGACGACUCGGUCCUCGCCCGGCUCCGUGGUGAGGCCGCCAAACGUCUCAAGGACCUCCAAAAGGCCGAAGACGCCGCCGACGAGGCACUCCUCCGCUUCGGCUCCAACCUGCGCGACUUCCUCAAGGACGCCAUCAAGAUCGCCCCGCCGAGCGAAGAGGAAGCCGCCAAGCGGACCGAGGAGGGCAGGAAUAGCAAUGGCGUGCUUUUCGAGAGCAAGGACGCGCAGGGCAAGCGAGUGAUUCACACGUCGCGGUUCGACGCGCAGCUGCACGUCAUCCACACCACUCCCGAGAGCUUCAGCAGGGAGCCUGCGAGCGGACAGGAGUACGACGCCUGGGUCAAGGAGUUUGAUGUUGACAAGAAGACGGAGGCAAUCGCGGCGGAUUUGGACAAGUACCCCGAGCUUAGGGCGACGAUGGAAAAGCUGGUGCCUGACCAGGUGCCGUAUGCGGGUUUCUGGAAGAGGUACUACUUCUUGAGGCACGGUAUCGAGACGGCUGAGGCGAGGAGGAGGGAUUUGCUCAAGGCUGCUUCUGCUGAAGAGGAAGUGGGUUGGGAUGAGGAUUCCUCAGAGGAGGAAGAUUCUUCGGAGGAAGAGACAUCCAGAGAGGACAAGGCUGCGCCAGCUUCCACCAAGAAGCCGGCCGCGCGAUCUUCCUCGACCGAAUCUUCCACCACCAUCCACCCACCAUCAAGCGCCGCCGCCGCUCAGGGCAGUCUGAAGCCCUCGGAACCCAGAAAGUCCAAUGACGAGAAGUCGCAGGCCGACAGCGAAGCGAGCUAUGACGUCGUUGGCGCUGCUUCUGGUGUCCCCAGCCGUGCGCCCAACAGCCCCAAGGAGGGUCGCAAGGUCGAUGAGAGCAGCGAUGAAGAAGACUGGGAGUAA